AUGAUAGACAUGGUGUCUGCCGUUGAAGAGCUUAGUGGGUUAACCUCAAAAGAACUUGGGGAGAUGCUGAAGGAGUCAGACAACUUUGUUUUGCGGUCCAAGACAGAAGACGGAGGUCCAAAGCAGGUGGACAUGGAAAAACUUGUGUCCUCGCUUCCUCUUCAUCUCCUUGCUGUAUGUUUGGAACUUGGGCAAGGCCCGGACUUGACAUAUGUGCUUCGUGGCAUGCGCUUUUUGCAUAGUUUGUCUGAUCUAGCAUCCCGCCAUGCUAGACUGGAGCAGGUUCUUCUUGACGAUGUCAAAUUAUCCGAACAAGUCAUGGACCUGAUAUUCUUCCUACUUUCUAUUCUUGCUGAACAGAAGAAGGAGAAUAAUGAUGGCACUUCUCCGCUUGUGCAUGCGUCACUUGUAGCAGCUAGUCUUCAUCUGUUGACAAGUUACUUCUCUUCCCAGUGGCAUGAACUUGUCCAUAUUCUGCUUGCACAUCCAAAGGUUGAUAUCUUUAUGGAUGUGGCCUUUGAUAGUUUGCAUGAAGAUGUGAGGCUGUUAAAUAUCAGAUUAUCAUCAAUGGGCUCUGGUUCCUUUCAUGUUGGUUCUUUGGAAUGUCGUCGUGCUCACUUCAUCUGCCAACAGUGUGAAGCAUCACUGCAAUUUCUCUUGUUGUUGUGCCAGCAAAAGCUGUUUCGAGAUCGGAUUUUAAAAAAUAAGGAACUCUCUAGAAAUGGAGGCAUACUGUCACUUUCUCACACUAUACUGAAGUUAGUUGUCCCUGAAUGUUUGAAGCAAUCAACCGAUCUUGUUGCUUCUAUUUCCAGGCUGAAGGCAAAGAUACUUUCUAUUCUGUUGCAACUUUGUGAGGCUGAAAGUGUCUCUUACCUCGAUGAAGUUGCCACUAACCCAAACAGCAGGCGGCUAGGGCAAACCUUGGCUCUAGAGGUUCUUAAUUUGCUGAAGAUUGCAUUUGGAAGAAAACAAAACAUAAAUUCUGAUUCUCAUGAUAAGGGUAAGAUUUACCCCAUGGGAUCUGUGCUUAUCAGUGCAUUGCGUCUUGUUGAUGUCUUCUCUGAUGAUUCAAACUUCAGAUCUUCCUUUAUGACUAACACUGUCCCGUUUUUAACCCAGAUUUUAGCAACUCCUCAUGAGGAAUUUGUUUCAAGUUGGUGCUCUGUCAACGUACCAGCAAUUGAGGAAGAUGCAAGUCUAGAUUAUGAUCCUUUUGGUGCAUCUGAGGUGGCGCUGUUAGCUUCUGAUAAUGUGUUGACUGAAGCUAAAGCUAACUAUUCAUGCCCUUUUCGCCCUAGCCUGCCUUCAAUGGCAUAUGCACAGACAAGAACAUCAUGUGUAGUGAAAAUAAUAGCAAAUUUGCAUAUUUUUGUUCCAAACAUUUGUGAAGAGCAAGAAAGGGAUCUUUUUCUUCUGAACUUUCAAAAGUACUUGGUGUCUGGGAGUCCUAAACUAUCAGCAGACGAGCCAGCUUCUAGUGAUUUCAAGGCCACUAAAGUCUGUAGAAACUUAGGAUCUUUGUCUGAUUAUGCUAAAACAUUGGUUCCGAAUUUGUUAAAUGUGGAAGACGUCGUGUUAUUAAGUGAUUUUUCUGAUAAGCUACAAUCUUGGUGUAAAUCACAAGUUGAGCAAGUUGCAGUAAAGGUGGGACAAAAUGAUACUCCACCAGAAAGCACGGAGGACAUUCACCCAGUGCAGCAGCCCUUGCUAACACGGACAAGCACUCCAGACUCCAAAAUGAAUAACCUUCCAAAGGAUGUGCAGAACAUGGAAGUGUCUACACCAAUACCUCCAAUAAAUCCAGAGGGAAAUGAUAAGGAUGGGACUCCAAAGAACAGUGUCUCUAGAAAUGGUGGUUUCCUGCAGAAUGCAGUUGGUCAAAACCUAGUCCAUCUUGGCGUUGCAAGAACAGUCAGUGGUGGCUCUUCGGUUGUCGCUUCCAGUGUUAGCACUGGACACCAGCGCAGUAAAAUGGAUCUUGAUCCAGCAUCCAGCAGUGUGGAUAAUUUCAAAACACCAGAACUCACAAAAGAAAAUGGUCUCCAGGAGGAUGAGAAAGGAGAGAGUAGUAUGUAUGAUGAGAGGCAACCUAAGAGAAGGAAGCGGACCCUUAUGAAUAAUGAGCAAAUAGAUGAAUUAGAGAAGGCUCUAGUAGAUGAGCCUGAGACACAAGAACACUGUUCUAUUGCAGAGUUGGUCAGAGAAGUUAAGUCUGCAGGAGGACCAUUUGAGGCGGAGAAUGCUGAUAAGCCAUCUACACCAACUACUCUCCAACUUGGCGAGUCUUCUGAAAGUGCCGGAGAGGACAACUAUCUACCCCCUGCGAGGGUGAUGAACGCUCUAUCCAAAGGCAGACUGGUGAGCCCGGACAGCAAUGAGCAAACAUCGCAGGCAGAGUUAUCCCCGAACACAAUGCUGGUCCGCCCAUUCACGAGAUCCUUCUCACUGGAGCCUGGCCGCCUCGUCUCGCUAGUUGACAGCGACGGGAAGGAGGUUGGCAGGGGCAAGGUCUUCCAAACACCAGGGAAGAGCCCGGCGGAGAGCCGCGUCUGCAUGGUCGACGUCACUGAGCUCAGGACCGAGAGGUGGAGGGAGCUCCCACACCCUUCUGAGGCAUCUGGGAGGACGUUCCAGGAGGCAGAGGCGAGGAAUGGUGGCAUCAUGAGGGUCUCUUGGGACGUCGUCAGGCUGUCGCCUGCAGUGUAG